AUGACAACACCAGCUGGGCAAGGCUAUCAUGGCAGUGGUUAUGGAUUCUUGGGCUGUGAGUGUUUGCUCAAACCAGGUUGUGAUGUACAGACUGUGAUGUACAGAGUGUUGGAGUUUGGAGUAGUCUCUGGCCCUGUGGCAAUGGUGGAGGUGCCAGAGUGGGGCCUUGGGGCCCAGGUGCAGCACUGGAGUCCUGGAGAUGGUGUCCUGGGUCUGGGUGGAGGGGAGAGAACGGGGCAAGGAAAACACCUUAGACUAAUUUCUGAUUCUACUCUGCCCAAAUCAAAGCGAAGUGAAGCUCAGUAUGUCGCUAUCCAGAACCUCCACUCUUUCAACCCCUUUACUGAUGCAAGUAAGGGUGAUGACCUGCUUCCUGCUGCCACUGAGGAUUAUAUCUAUUUAAGAAUUCAACAGAGAAAUGGCAGGAAGACCCUUACUACUGUUCAAGGGAUCGCUGAUUACUAUGAAAAGAAAUUAGUGAAGGCAUUUAAGAAGAAAUUUACCUGCAAUGGUACUGUAAUUGAACAUCAAGAAUAUGGAGAAGUAAUUCAGCUACAGGGUGACCAGCGCAAGAACAUAUGCCAGUUCCUUGUAGAAAUUGGACUGGCGAAGGACGAUCAGCUGAAGGUUCAUGGGUUUUAAGUGCUUGUGGCUCACUGAAGCUUAAGUGAGGAUUUCCUUGCAAUGAGUAGAAUUUCCCCUCUGUCCCUUGUCACAAGUUUAAAAACCUCACAGCUUGUGUAAUGUAACCAUUUGGGGUCUGCUUUUAACUUGGACUAGUGUAACUCCUUCAUUCAAUAAACUGAAAAGAGCCAAAAAA